AUGGCAUUGUCACCAGGCAAUUUCACAAUGAAACAUACCAUUAGACUUGCCAACAAGCUCAAACGGAAGCGUCUGAUGCAGAGUUUACCCACCACAAAGAAACGUCGAUUGGAAUUAAAAGCUGCCAGGUUGUCUAAAGAAGCAUCGAGGAAUGUACUAGAAGUAACAGGUCAAUCAUAUAAGUCAGAUAUUGGUCUUGAGGAGGAUGUUGAUCUUGAUGACAUUGAUCCAGAGCCUCUUAGGAUUUCUCCAGAGAGCAGCUGCUUGAUGUAUUUUGAUUUAGAAACUACUGGACUUAGUAGAACAUCUGACAUCAUACAGAUUGCUGCAGUUUGUGAAGAUAGGUCAAUCAAUGUUUAUCUCAACCCCAGUGUACCAAUCUGUAAAGAAGCAUCGGCUGCAACGGGUCUCAGAUAUGACAUGGGACAGCUCACUCUUUAUGGAGAGCCUGUGCCUUCAACAGAUCAAGUCAGUGGUUUGACCCAGUUUGUAGACUUUACAACAGAUUGUGCUUCAAAACCAGUCAUUGUGGGCCAUAAUAUUCAAAACUUUGAUCUUCCAAUUCUUCAAUAUCACUUGCAGCGACAUGGUCUACUUAAACGAUUUGAUGAAAAUGUUUUAGGUUUUUUGGAUACAUACAAACUUGCACAGAAAGUGUUUGACAAGAAAACAAUGGGAAAUUUUAAACAAGAAACAUUGGCCAGAUUGUGUUUAGGGAAAAGUUACGAUGCACACAAUGCUCUAGCUGAUGUUUGUAGUUUACGAGAAUUGUACGAGUCAAAUUUAGCAUUCAAAUGUGAAUCUUUAGAUAUAUUUAAUAUGAAUUAUUAUAAUGUCAAGUCCUCACUAGUUCCAUUGAUACAAAGCAAAGUAAUUUCUACACUGAUCUCUAAAAGGCUUACAGCUAACAAUCUAAGCUUAAACAAGCUAAAACUCAUACAUAAGCGUGACCCCCAUUGUGGGAUUCAGACUGUCUUUAGUGAGGUUGUGUCUGGUUCAAAGACACCAAGAAUUACGAAGUCUCAGAAGAUCAUUGGCAAAGUUGUGGAGUAUUUGAACUCUUGUUAGUUCACAUCAUAAGUAUUUUCAUUCAACAAAAUUAUUUGUUUAUGAGCUAUACUUGCUAGAAUCUACAUGUAUGUUUGUUACACUACAUUUAUUCUCUUUAUAUGUAUUAGAUUAUAAAUUGUUAAGAAUGUGUACUUGUAUGUAAAAAAAAUUGUGAAAAAAGGAAGGGGUUGCCCCCCCCCCCCCCCACCCUACCCCUUAUGUUCUAAGUGUCUAGAAGGACCAAAAUUUCAGUAUUUUUUAAUAUUCCAUUUGUAUUUCAUUCUAAGACUGUAUUUGUUUGUUACAUUUUGAUAUUUUUCACAGUGUGUAAAAUAUAACUGUAAAACAUGCUAUUACCAAAGUGGGGGUAGGGGUAUUCGAGAUAUGAUUUAAUAAAAUAUCUCUGGUCUACUGUGAUAAAAUAUGUUUUUUUGUUAACCUUAGAUAUAAUUUUAGAUAUUUUUAAAGAAAAAAUGGCAUGUUAACAAUAUAAAUUUUGGGACUUUUGAAAAUAAUGAUAUUUUGUGAUUUUUUUUCUGAUGGAUUUGAGCAGUAUAAAUGUUAAAUGUGUAUGUUUUCAAUUGAAUAUCUCGAAAAAUUCUCUUUGUAGUUAAUUAUCUAUUAGAUUUAAUGAAUUAUAGCACAAUACAGUGUGCUUUGGUGCAUAUUUGAAUAAAAUAUGAAAUUAUACAUCCUUGUGUUAGAAUUUGGCUGUUGAAGUUGGGGGUAUAUGUGCUCUAUAGCACAUAGUAUGAAAAUAAGCGUGCAAAGGUAUGUGUAAUAUGGGUUUUUUUGUUGGCUCAAGAGUUGUUUAAGAUAUUUAAAUGAAAAAAUAAAUUG